CAUAUCAACAGGGAGUUGCCUUGUUUUCUUUGUUUAUAGUUCACAAAAACAUCUAGUUCACAUUAUUUCUUCAUGGUUCCGACUAUUUAAAAAUCCAGUGUCUGAAGAACUUCCUUAUAUGACUGUAGUCUAAGUUUUUGAUGUUGCUACCCACUAAACAUUUCCAAGCUCAGCUCAGUAUUUCAGAUCAUUGAAUUUCAUAAGCCUGUGCCGUACUGUUAUGUCAUUCUGACUAAGAUACAGCAUUUUAUUUGUUUAUGACGCGUCGUGUAAUGAUAAGUUUUGACAUAACUAGUAUGUUUUGCCUGCUAUACUUUGAGGUUUAUUCUAGUAAAACAUUUGUAGCAAUAACAAGAUUACUAAAAACAAAAAGGAUGUCUGAGUAUUUUGUUGUACGACAGAAAAACUGCACUCCAAAUAAUUGUGAGUUACUUUUACUUUUCGGUUCAACACUUGUUGUACUUCCCAAAUCGUUUUGAUGUCGAUAAAAGAGAAGGAAUUUAUAUUGAGUCGAUGAUUACUUAGUUUAGUGUACAUUAUGACUUCGUCAUAUCUUAGGUUAUCCGUCUUUUGUAAAUGGUAGUGUUUUGCAGGCUUAGUGACGAUCUGAUCACAUGAGUGAAUAAUAUUCACAUUGGAAAUAUCCCAGUAUAAAGUGGUGUUGGUAAAUGACAAAACUAUUGAACCAACGUUCGUGGUACUUUGAUAACCGUAUGUCAAAAGGCUAGCCAAAAAUACUAAUUUAUCUCACUAAUAGCUCGGAAUUGACACUGUAUUUUGCAGCAAAGUCAUUUGUUCUGAUCAUACUGUAGAAACUGCAAAAAUGAUAAUACUCAAGACUUCUUCAUGUGUACUACACUUUACAGUCUAGAUGACCAACUUCUCUCUACCGUUUAAUUAAUGCUAUUGAUCCAAUACAUUUUUUGAAGUUGCUCGUAAAUCUUAAUUAGUCAAAAAAGUAAGUAUAAGCAUUUAUACAUCAUUCAGUCGAUUUAGUUUGGUGGGGCAUCUGAAAGUGUAAUCAAGUAAUUUUUUAAGCUUAAUAUAUUGUAAACACUUGAAAUAUUAGUUACUUUUGAGUUCAUGGUAUUGGUUAUAAGUCAAUGUUAUUUGAAUCAGCCUCCGAUUUUGAAUACCUUACGCAUAUAUUUAUUUUAGACCCCUGAUUGACUGAGUUGCUGUCAGCUAGCGUAGAAGUAUAUUUUUUUAAUCGUAACACUGGCUAUGUAAAUAAAUGUCUCCGGACGUAUAUAAGCAAUUGUUUUUUUAUUUUUAAACCAAGACUUUUUGUGGACUGGUUUUUGGACAGUCGCAACGGUUUGCCUGUGUUUACUUAUACUUUUCUCAAUAUCUUUAUCCUGAUACAGCCCGAUAUAUUUCGUUCCAUAAUCCUUUAUUUGUUUUAAAAUACAUUGGAAUUUUUAACCUGUUAAUCUAAUUUAUGAUAUUACGAUUCACCCGUUUCUAUCUUAAUAUAAAACUUAACUUUUUGAGCAAGAACUUAUUUGUACAAGGUCCUAAAUUGUUUAUGACUGACCGAUCGGUAAUGUACCUGUCAGUUUAUUUUUACUACGCUUCUUGGAUUAUUUAGUCUUAAAUGUUCGUAAAUGCAUAUAAAUAUUACUGUAUAUUAGAGUAAAGCCUGAUGAGGAUCUAAUCGAAAACAAUAUUGUUCGCUUAUAUAUGUUGUUCUAAAAAUACUGAGUCUAUGAUGCUCUUUAUAUAUCAUCAGUUUAGGGAAUUUCAUGCCGUAAAAUAUAUCUUAGGUAUCUUAGACCCUAAGUAUUAAUUCAGUCGCAUCAUCUAAGAAGAGUAAUCAAAGUUCCUACGUUUAUUGUUGUUGUUACUUAAUUUUCAUAACCCUGAAUAAACUGUUUUUGUAGUUUCACACUCUUAAUACGACUGUUUUAGCGGAAAUAAAAAUUUUUUCGAAUCAACUCAGAAAUACUGUCUUUCUUGAUAAUUGCAUUUAUAAACCUACAGAUUACAUAGGUAAACACACAUUCCCUCUUUUUAUUCACCGGGAAAGCAGUCUAAUCUAUAUGUCCACAAAUAACCAAAUAAUUUAAAAUCUGGUUACUAAACGUGAAAAGUGGUUAUUUAUAGAUAGAUCUCUUUCUCUUACAAGUAGUGGAGAAAGAUACUGAAACGUUUUAUCACUCAAUAAUCAAAGUACGAAUAACGUCAAUUCAUGUGAAAUGUUUCUACUUAAGCACAUAUCUAAGACACUUCUAUUGACAUCAGAUAUAUCAAAAACGAGUAAUUCAAAGCGACCAACCUUUAAUGUGCCUUUUAUAUUUCUCCAUGUUUAUCAUAAAAUGAGCUAAUUGUAUACUAAAGGUUUGUAAUGAUAGAAUUUUGACAGUUUGAUAUAAAAGGUAAUGAAAAAGCACAAUAAUAUAUUGAAAGAUUCUUUACCGUGCAGUGUUUCUUUUGUUUGUUGGUAACAUGAUACUGACAAAUAGCAGACGAUUACUAAAAUUAAGAUUUAUUUUGAACUUAUUAUACUCCUUUUGCAGUGUUAUACUGGUAAGUACCUAGAUAUAUGCUGUUCCUGUCUUAAAAGGUUUAAACUUUUUUUCUUUUCUUUAUCAUAAAGAACAGUUUCGUAAAACAGUAUAAUAUUUAGGAGUAGAUGUUUUAGCCUUCAUCCCUUCUCAAUGAGAGCACAACAGAUUGACAGCCAAUCAACAACGUGGAUUAGGCCUAAUCUAUGCGGACCGCCAGUGCUUAUGGAUCAAAAUACUUCUCAAGUUGUUCCUUCACAUUUAACAAACUCAGGUCAUUCGCAGCAAGUUAUGCUACAGCACCAACAACAAAGAGGUUCUAAUCCUGUUUUCCAAAGCCCCUUAAACGUUAUACAAGCCGGACCAGUCAGAUCAGGCUUGCAAAACCCCAGCCUUAUUUCACCAAAUCCAGCCUCCUUGGGAUUUAGACGACUAUUAGCGGAGAUGCGUACCAAGCAGUUUGAUUCCAUCCGCUUUGCAGCUUAUCGUACUGCGAGCAAGCUUAGAUUUAUUCAGCAGAGAACAUUAUUCAACAUAAUGGAUUUAUGGCGCGUGGUAGAGACAUUCAGAGAAUUCGGUUUACACCAACUGAAUGAUCCACAAGCAAGUUUAGAUUAUGGUAGUACAUUCCGUUUACUAUCACGUAUUUAUUCACAUAUACCUACAACAAAUAUGAAUGUGAAUACCACAACUGAUGAAACUACACCAAGUAACGCAAUCAAUCGACCUGCAAUAAUUAUUGCAGCAGAAAUCCUACUUGGUUGGCUUGGAUAUGCUUUGGACUUAUGUGCAACUGGCCGACUUAGCGUAACUGGACUAAAAAUAACCUUAUCAACAUUAACUAAUGCGAGGCCAGCUGAUAAAUUUCGAUAUCACUUCACUCUUUUGUCCGAUCCCUCUGGUGCAUUAAUUUUCUCGAAAUUCGAGGCUUAUCUUCAAGAUUUACUCAAAUUACCUAUAAGUGUUUUCGAAGGCACAAAUUUCUACUACACGCCACAAGCUUCACAAACAAUGUUUACUGGGCGUUCUAAAAACGUAGUCCUUGAAGAAUUUCUGGAUCGUAUGCUAUCGGAUCAAGGACCACAAAUAUUAGUAUGGCUUACGAUUUUUCACCGGUUAAUCAGUGUGGCGAGUGUCCGACAUAACGUACGAUGUGAGGGUUGCAAACGUGAACCGAUUUGCGGUCUACGCUACAAAUGUACUCGAUGUCCUCACUAUAAUUUGUGUCAAGAUUGUUUUUGGAUUGGCGUAACCACAGAUCAGCAUACAAAUGCACAUGAUGUGAAAGAAUAUAGUGCUGCUUCAAAAUCUCAUUCCCGUCAGUUUGGACAUUCUUUGAGAAAAUCGUUUCAAUUUGGACGGGCCAUUAAUAACUCCACAACAUCAAAUGUUGUUACUACAUCUUUCACAAGUAGCUUCAGUGAACGUCAGAAAUUUUAUGGCAUGAAUGUUGCUCGUCGUCCUCAUGUAGGAUCUAUAUUCGAAUGGAAUUCAGACCCUUCUGUACCAACCGGCAUUAUUUCUUGCGUAAACGGCAUUGCUUCAGCUGUACAACCAUCUUCUGUAUCGAACGACAUUGCAACGGGUAUUUCUGCUGUAUGUCAUCCAAGCCAACCUGUUUCAAAUCAGAGAUUCAUGGCACCAGUGAAUACUAUUUGUAGUCCAUUGCCAAAUCGGCGCUUGCAACAGCUCAAUCCUUUAUUUUUAGCAACUCGACCGAAUACUAACUUACCUAAUCUCACAUAUGUACCUCCCCAACCUGUACAAGUUCAACCUUCCCCUAACAGUUUGAACGAAUCGAAUCAAGGAUCGAGUGGUGUUGCACGAAAUUUAGUGGCCGUUACCUGCUAUACAAAUGUAAUGCAACAACAAGACAUGAUUACUGCAGACUAUACAAGAGCCGGACACAGUAUUUUAUAUUCUGAUGUACCUCCUGGUUCACACAUGCCCAAUCUGUCAGGAGCAAAUCAUCAACCAUUACCUAUAUCAUGUUAUUCUCAACCUACCACAGACAUUUAUUCAAUUGGUGGUAAUCAAAAAUAUCAGUUAGCUACUACAACAACUGGACAGCCAGCUAUACAAUCUACUCCCAUAGUAUCUGUGAUUAAUAGCGAUAAUUUGAAUAAUUCAAGCAUGGGAGCUAGUUUCUCGUUGAAAACGCGCAAUCUUGAUCAAAAAUCUAAUGAAGAACAUAAUUUAAUUGCUAGAUAUGCUGCUCAGUUAGCUGCUGCUUCAGCGUUAAACCAAGAAUUCGAUAAAUUCGGUGAUUUUGUUGAGUCAACACAAACUCAAAAACAAUUAAUCGCUCAACUACAAGAAAAAAACAGAAAAAUACUAAAAGAGAUUGAACGAUUACGAGUUGAACAACAAAAACAAGCAGCAUUUAUUGCUGCUGCUGGUUCCCUCAAACAUGAUUCUUCUGAGCUACAAGAUGUUUGUGACGAAGUUGCUGGUACACUUAGUCCGACAAAUUUAAAACAGUACUUAAAAACAGAUAAUUUAUUGGCCUCCGGAGUUGGCAAUUCAGUGAAUUCAGAAAAUCCUCGUUUGGUUGCUGAUCUACAGGCGCUUCGCCAAAGAAAAGAUGAACUGGAGUUGAGAAUGAGUAAUCUUCAGCGUAGUCGAACAGAUUUGAUGUUACAGUUGGAAGCAUUAGUAAGACUUUUAUCUGUCAGUACAGGAGCUACUAAUGCACGUGACAAUAAUCCUUCAGCGUUACUUGAUCUAAAUGAUAUUCGCCGAGCAGGCCACAAUUCCCGACUAAAUCAAAAAGUUCCAGAUUAUCCACCAAGACGAAGUACAAGUUUAUGUGACCCAUCAGUUGGAAGAAGUUAUCAAGACAAUUUCUCUGCAGAAAGUAGGCAUGAUAGAACGAAUGGUGUUCAUCCGAAACCCGGUUCCUCGGAUAAUAUGAGUAAAAUAUUUUCCCCUUUAAAAACAAUUACGAUUGAAGAAAAAGGCGGACAAUGGAAUUUUAAAUUUCCUGAUGAUAAAAAGCAUGAAUUACACUCACCUUCAUCUAUUCCGUACAGACAUUCGCCUGAACUUGGUCAACAACGACCAUCAGAUACUGUGAUUGAAAAGUACAAAGAUUUAUUAUAUAAAGGGACAAAUCCACAAAUUGGAGCAUCAAAAUCAUUAAGAGUGCAUUUCGGUGGGCGAAGACCCGAUAUAGGACAGACCUUAUCAGCUGAUGAUAAAACUGAGUUUUUUGGUCAUAAUUCAGUAAAUGUGAACAGAUUGUCAUCAAAUCAUUCAUCACAACAUACAAAUCACUCGGACAGCGGAUCGGAUGCAUAUUUAUACUCAGAUCCUGAAUUAUGCUUUACAGUCAUCACAUCUACCUGCGGUUCAUCACAACCUAGCACUUCAGUACCACAAAGAACAUUACAAUUACCACAAUUCCAUUCUAUGACUCCAUCAGCUGCUAAAACUUCAAAUAAAUCCAAAGAUUUUCUAGACCUUUUAAACGAUAAAAUUAUAACAACAACUACAAUUGUAGAUAAUUAUGAAUACGCUGGUUUACAGUCAUCAUCGAUCUCACCAUUAUCAUAUUCGUCAAAUGAACACACUAAACAUUUCAGAACUAACGUUACUUCAAACAUUCCAGCUACAACUAAUCCUUAGUUAGCGAAACAGUAUUCAGCAGUUAUUGUGAUCAAAUUGAAUAUAUAUGUAUAUAAAAUAGGACAAAAUAAUUGAUUAUUAUACAAUCAUAUUCGAGUAAUGCUUCAUAGAAAUGAACAUUUUUUUGAUUUUAAACAAAAAAGGCAGAAAAUACAAAUCCAUAUCAUGAGCAACAAACAAGCGAAUCUUGAAAAUUUUUGAUUCAUAUUUCAUCUCAAGCUUAGCAGAAGAAGGGCAGAAAUCUUUUUUUGCUGUUUCUUAUCUUAUUUCAUUUAACUUACUCUCUGUUUUUAUCGUUCAUUGUUAAUCAUUUGUAAUGUUGAUUAAAGAUUGUCAAUGUAAAUGUAAUUGUUUUCUCCAUGUAAACAAGCAGUCGUUUAUGCUUUCAAUUAUGUUUGUUGUACGUAAAAAAAAGAAUUCACUUCCACCACCAUUUAUACUUUAUAUAUAUAUUUUUUUUGGUACACUCAUUCUCCUAUUUAUCGCUUAAUAGUUUACCUAAAAUUUAUAAAGUUCCACAGAGGAGAUAAUGAUGCUAUUGUUUGCAACAACAACGAAAAAGUAGAUAUCAACUACAAAAUAAACAAACUACCUCUUGUUUUCGUUUAUUCUAAUCACUAGAUCGAAAUCAGCACUAUUCAACUCGUAUUAAAUAGAUUUGAUUAAUUAACAGAAAGAUGUUGAACAAAAUGUUAUGAAAGUGAAUAUAUGUGAAAGAUUCUUGUUUUUAUUUAAUUAUUUAUAAAUUUCUUAUUCAUAUUGAAAACAAUUUAUUAUUUCUUCUUUAUUCUAUCAUACAAGAGAACACAAUUGUAUAAUCAUAUCCCAGAUGGAAAUAAUGAUGGUUUAUCUGAACUUUAUUUCGUUUCCUUAUAAUGAACAUUCACAAUAAUUGUAUUGAGUAAAAUAGAACAAUUAUGCUGUUCAACUAAUUAUUAAUUUAUCUAUCACUGGAAUUGUGACAUUAUUUAUUUGAAUAAAAUAGCCAUCAGUCAUUCAUUAAUCUUCUCUUAUUACUGUUUCAUCAUUCAUAGUAAUGGGGUAAAAAGUAAAGCUCUUGAUAGUAGCUGCAAUUUUUCCAUGUUUAUUUCAUAAUGCAAACUGUUAUAUAUGUAUAGAAGUCUUUCCUUGACAUUCAUUGGUAUAGGG